AUGGCUUCCGCAGCAUACUAUCCUGUGAACGACACCAGCCGCUCUUUAGCUGAAAGAGCGUACCUUCAAGAGCUCACUGACUUCGCCGCCGAACAGCCAUUAGAGGAGGAUUCCAGAGAACAGGUCCGAACCCUAACCAUUGUUUUCACAGUCAUUGCGGUCUGCGUCGUGGGCCUGCGAUUUGUGUCAAGACAGAAGAUCAAAGCACCAUUCUGGGUGGAUGACUGGUUGAUUCUGGCUGCUCUCGUCCUUCUUUUUGGAAAUGCAGCGUUCAACUUUGUGAUGGUAGACCAGGGUGUUGGCUUGCAUUCAGGCCGUCUGACUCUCCCGGAGCUGCAAGCCCUGAACAAGACUAUUGUCGGAGCCGAGAUCAUUUACUUGACGGGUGUCAACGCUUACAAAAUAUCUUUGCUGUUCCUCUAUUACCGGAUAUUCCCGAUCAAAUCAGUCCGAACGUGGUCCUAUGUCUUUGGGGGCCUGUCCACCUGCUGGAACAUCGCAGGAGUCUUCGCCGCUGCGUUCCAAUGCACUCCGCGGGUCAAGAUCUGGGAACCUUGGGUUGACGGAUACUGCAUCAACAUCUUUCUGGUGCAGCUCCUUGUCUCGGUUCCUAGCAUCUUGUGUGACAUCGCGAUAUUGUGCUUGCCACUCCCGCAUGUCCUUCGACUUAAGACGAACUUGACGCAAAAGGUCUUUCUCGUCAUCAUGUUUAUGCUUGGGUCGUACGUCGUGUUUACGAGCAUCUACCGAUUCACUGUUUACCUGGGAUACAGCCCAAGGGAUAUUCCUUACACAUUGGCCGUACCGGUGGCGUGGAAUGUCAUUGAAAUAAGCAGCGGGAUCGUAUCCUCUUGUCUGCCAACAUUAGGACCGAUUAUCCGGCCUGUCAUUAAGUCAGUCAUGCCUUCGUCAGCGGGACUGUCCGGGAAUAAAGACAGUACACGCAGGGGUUACGAAAGAAACCAAGGAGCUGGAAGCCGGUCGGGCCUCGUGACAAUCGGAGGAGGCGGCGCUCGCAAAAGCAGUGGGCAUUGGAGCAGGCUAGGGGGCUCCGCGAGGCGAGAGCCUGAAGACGUGAAUGACUUCGACGUCGAUGGAGAUAUUGAGAUGCAGCCGAGAGGGGAGAUUACCGGCAUCGUCGUCACCAAUCACGACCUUGACGAGAAGUCUAAGGGAAAUUCGGCCUCCCGUGCUUCUACAACACAGCUUCAUGUCACUGUGGGCAAUGAGAGCGACGAGUCUCUGCUCGCGGCGCAUGGCAUCACCCGCACCCAGACCAUCGAGGUCCAGUGGACGACGCAGCAAGUUAGUGAGCCUAGUCCUGUUGUGAUGAAAUGA